AUGGCGAAUGAGAAUAUGCUUCCAGCCCAAGAGGCUGCCAAAAUCUACCACACCAAUUAUGUGAGAAAUGCCAGGGCCAUCGGUGUCUUGUGGGCUGUUUUCACCAUAUGCUUCGCCAUCAUUACCGUGGUGGUCUUCAUUCAGCCCUACUGGAUUGGUGAUAGUGUUAACACCCCGCAGGCUGGAUACUUUGGGCUUUUUCACUAUUGUAUUGGCAACCCCAUAACCUCCGAAUUGGUCUGCAAAGGAAGCGUGUUUGAUUUUGGUUCCAUCCCCUCAGGGGCUUUCAGGACUGCUAUGUUUUUUGUAGGCACCUCAAUGCUCCUUAUCGUAGGCACCAUUGUGUGCUUGGGUCUUUUCUUCUUCUGCAACUCUGCAAGUGUGUACAAGAUAUGCGCAUGGAUGCAAACAUCUUCAGCUGUGUUGAUGGUGAUGGGUUGUAUGAUUUAUCCGGACGGCUGGGAUGCUCCGGAGGUAAAGCGGAUGUGUGGUGAGAGGACAGACAAGUACACGCUGGGGAACUGCACCAUUCGCUGGGCUUAUAUUUUAGGCAUUAUCAGCAUCCUGGACUCAGCAUUACUGGCACUGCUUGCUUUCACUCUGGGCAACCGGCAAGACAAUCUGCUGCCAGAUGACUUCGAGGUGGAGGGUAAUGAUAAAGCCUGAAUCCAAAAGAUCUGAACUGCAGUGGACAUGGAACUGGACAUUCAUAGUAAAGAUUUUUUUUUUUUUAAAUUGCAUCCCAGAUUGACAAACCCAGUUUUACUGUACUAAAUAGCUAUUGAAACAAUCAAUUUUUUUUGCACAUACUUAGCAAUACAACAUCUUGUUUUAAUCUUUACUUUUAUCUUUCCAAAAGAUCAGUGUGUAUUACAAUGAAAAGUACCCUGCCUUUUCACCUCCAAUUUAUAUCAUUUCAAGGUUGUUGUUGUUUUGUUUUUUGUUUUUAAAUAAAAGCAAAUCAAACAAACAGGUGCAUCCAUCUUCCAAAUGCUUUAUUAAAACACUUCUAUCCAGCUAAAUAAUCUUAGCUUAGAUGCAAUAGUAGGAUUUCUUUUAAAAACUGUACAUGGCUGUAAUAUACAGAUCAAGGCAAACUCUUUGGUACACAUAUAUACAGACACACACGCAUGCACAUGCGCGCACACAUAAAUCAUACAUACAACACACACUCUGACAAUAAAGGUUUUUUUUUUUUUU